AUGUCUGAACCUAUUCCAGAGGCGAUCCCCACCUCCGCCGACCCUCGUUCUCACCGACCACUCAAACGUGCUCGUGGCGCCUACACUGCUAACCCCAACGUCCGCGCCAUCUCGCAGCAAGCCCAUGAACUCGAGACUCUCUUCCUCGACCCGUCACGGCCCGUGCAACUUCCUCCCCCAUCGAGCGCCGUGAAAAAGUCCCUGCCCGCGCCGCCUGAGAUCGUCGCGAACGUGCAAGGCUCGAGUGCCGGCGCCGGCUCUGGCGAGUUUCACGUGUACAAGGCGAGCCGGCGGAGGGAGUACGAGAGACUGCGCGCCAUGGACGAGGAGGCGAAGAAGGAGGAGGAGAACGAAAAGUGGGAGCGCGAAGAGCGGGAGAGGCGCGAGAGGGACGAGGAGAAGACGCGCCGGAACCGGGAGCGCAGGAAUCGCAGAAAGGGGAAGAAGGACCACCAGGAGAAACAGACGGACGGCGCUGUGAAGGGCACAAAGGAGGCUGUCCAGAAUGGAGAGGCGCACGGCGUGAAGAGGAAGGCUGGUGGGCCGCAGACACCGCCAAAAGAGAUUCAAGACGAGGAGCAAGGCUCCGACUUUGGUGUGGCGGAAGUGGUCAAAGAGGCUGGUAUCACGAUUCAUGAUGAUGAUUAG